AUGCUGAAGACUGUUGCUAUCCUGUUGUUAGGCGCGCUUGCAGCUAACGCCGACUACUACAGUGGCGGGAAAUUCGGCGGCCUCAGCUCAGGUUUCGGUGUCAGCCAUGGUCUUGGAGGUGUCGGCCUCGGAGGAUGGGGAGGCAUCGGGGGCCACGGACUCUUGGGCGGAUACGGAAAGGGAGGUAUUGGUCUCGGCGGCGGUUAUGGCGGUUUGGAACUGGGCGGAUUCGGCGGAAAGGGAGGCUUCGGUGUUGGGAGUGGAUUUGGCGGAUGGGGACAUGGCGGAUUUGGAAAAUAUGGGGACUAUGGACUUGUAAGCGGAUUCGGCAAGGGAGGCCUUGGUUUGUCCGGCGGUCUCAGCGGAUGGGGAGGCUCCUUGGGCGGUUUCGGAAAGGGAGGUCUAAUCGGUGGCUCUUACGGUCUCGAUUCCGGAUACGGAGCUGGUCUUUGGGGCUCCGGAAGCAAGGGAGGCUUCGGUCUUACCAGCGGAUUGGGCGGAUACGGUCUUGGUGCCCAAUACGGCGGCGCGUUCGGCCUGGGAGGUCUGAAGGGUUACGACAACGAUUUUGACGACGGGUUCUACAACAACGGAUUCAUGUCCGGUCGUGGUAUGUCGGGAGGAUUCGGUUCCGGAUAUGGCAUCGGCGGUGGAUUCGGACAAAGCUACGGCAGUGGAUUGGUCUCGGGUCAUCGCGGUCUGGUGGGAGGAUACGGCAUCGGCGGUGGAUUCAGACACGGAUCAGGACUGCAAGGUGUCGGUCUGAAGGGAGGCUUCGACAACGGAUUCGACAACGGGUUCGAUAACGGGUUCGACAACAACGGAUUCGUCUCCGGUCGUGUUGGAGGAUUCGGUGCCGGAUAUGGCAUCGGUGGCGGCGUCGGACAAAGCUUCAGCAGUGGAUUGGUCUCAGGUCAUUCCGGUCAGGUAGGAGGAUUCGGAGCCGGAUUUGGACAACAGACCGGAUUCGGACACCAAGCCGGAUUCGCUGGCGGCAAUAGAUUCAACAAUUAAUUAAGCGUAAUUUUGUUGUACAUGCCGUAACGUCGAGCAAUUAUUUGGUCUAACGAUGAUAUAUUUAUUCUUAAAAAACACAAGUGUAUAUUGAACAAAAAAGAGAGUUUUUUUUAUCUUAAGAUGACAUAUCCGUUUGUUUUAAGUUUAUAGUGAGUAAAUACGAAAAAAAAACCAACGGCGCUGAAAUAACUUGUAUAUUUAUUAAGUUUGUGUGCUUUAUAUUUGACAAUUCCAACAUUUAAACAACAAUUUGCAUAGCAACCAUUUGCUGCGCAAAUAAACGUAUAGUAUCCAUAUUACAACGCUCAAGUUACUCCACACGAAAACCAUUAUUGUCUUUUACCCGACUUAUUUCACAACCAUAUUUAACUUUCUGACAAACAUUUUGAAAACAUUGACAAAAAGAUCUGUUGGAAAUUACGUAUUAUAAAUAAUACUUUAUUGAUCUGUUUCUGCGCGUUAUUUGUUUUAUCAAAUGGCAUGACGUGAACCCCAGUUGGUUUCAAAUUACAACACUAGCUUUACACAAUAUUAGAGCAAAUUGGAAAUAAACGCUACAAUUGUGUAUGUUAUGAUUAGUUUGUUUAUUUAUUUACAAACAAUAAACAUGCGAACGUU